AAUUUGCUUCCAACUGGUUGUCUUAGACAUGAGUUUUUCAGAAAAGGUUCCUCUUGUAUCGGAUAGUAACGAAACUCUUGAUAAUAUUCCGUACACAAGUCUGAAAAGUGCCGAUGAAGAUUACAAAAGCUCUAAGAAAUAUACGGAGAAACCUGACAAAACAAAUCUUGAAUUACUGGCUCUAACUUCUUCAUUGGCUGCUGUGCAGUUUAGUUAUGCCAUCGAAUUUGCUUUUGGGACGCCUUGGUUUCGAGAAAGAGGUGUAAGCUAUGCCGUUAUUCCAUUCAUUUGGUUGGCUGGACCGUUUAGUGGUUUUAUUGUGCAACCAGUUAUUGGUGUCUUGAGUGAUCGAUGCAGGCAUCCUUGGGGAAGAAGAAGGCCCUUUAUUUUUAUGGGUGCCUUGUUGAUUGUGUUUGGAAUGUUAGUCUUAUCCACUGCUGAUCCGUUGGGUUCGUUGUUUGGAGAAAGGAAUGCUUGUCACUCACCCACAGAAGGCAGUCAACCUCGUUGUACUUUUACCGUAACAUUAGGUAUUAUUGGUCUCUGGAUAUUGAACAUUGCCAUCAAUGUUGUUCAAGGCCCUGCAAGAGCUAUUGUAGCUGAUCUAGUUAAUACUGAGCAACAAACGAAAGCUAAUUCCAUCCUCACUGGUGUAAUGGGUUUGUCAAAUUUGUUUGGAAACUUACUUGGGCGUUUUGUUCCUGCAGAGGUACCCUUAUUUGGUAGUAACUUUCGAUUUUUGUUCAGCUUGGGUAUGAUACUUGUUCCGCUUAGUGUAUUGCCUACAUUGCUAUUGGGCCAUGAAAGACCAUUAGGACGUCAGCCUGCAUCUCUGGUUUCGUCUACCAGCGGCAUUCUUGGUGUGUUCUUAGACGUUUGGCGUUCUUUUGUUUCCAUGCCAAAGGAAAUGAGCAAAGUUUCAUUGGUGUAUUUCCUAUCAUGGGCUGCUUUUAGUCCGUUUCAGUUUUAUACAACAGACUGGAUUGGAAAGAGCGUUAUGCAUGGAGAUCCGCAGAAAGCGUCAGGAUCCCUUCAAAGGUUAAACAUUCAUUCUUUUCAUGUAAUUGUGGACUCAGUAGUACACAGGACUGCUUAUGAAGAAGGAGUUCGAAUUGGUGCUCUAGCUUUGGCAGGUCUUUCUUUGGUAAUGACUGUGUUCUCUGCAGUACAAACAUUUUUCGUUGAGUUGUUAGGAGUACGAAAGGUCUAUGCCAUGUCUCAAAUAUUCUUCGGAUUUCUCUGCUUAAUUCCUAUUCUUGUGAACUUGAAUACUGUCUGGGCUGUAAUGUUAGUUUCCCUAUUAGGUAUUCAUUUUUCAAUAUUCAAUGCAUUGCCUUUUGCUUUGGUUGCUUCUGUUUUGGAUGGAGCCAAUACUGGACUAUAUAUGGGUGUACUCAAUGCCUCUUGUGUUGUAGCUCAAGUCGUAGGAAAUUUCACCGCAGGCAAGCACAUUUUGGUUUAUUCCAUGGCUUCUAACCUGCAAAGUCAAUAGGUUGGGCUUCAGAUAUCGUUGGAA